UCUGUCUGCCGUCUGCAGUUACUAAUGAAAGACAUCUAAUCUACCCUGUGGUCGGGUUUAUUCGAGAAAAAGUCCCCUCUGUUUCCAGGGUGGUAUAAUUGCUAAUAGCCAUCUACUGUAUAAAUGUAAUAGCCUAUGUAGCGCGUUUUUUUUGUAUCUUUUGUCCCUCAGCAGACACCAUCGAGGUGAUACAACAUUGCUGUUUCAUGUGUUGUGUAAAUAAUGCAUUCAAGGAGUCGUUAAACAUAUGAAAUGUCUGCGUUGCGUAGAGCAAAAACAUGGGAAAUAUCUGAAUCUGAGGAAAGCGACGCUGAGACAAUCCCCGACUUAAACCGCGAUGAGAGCGGUCAAAUAUUAGUAACAGUCAGCACAGACGUAAGAGAUGAUCAGUCUUCAGACCACAAGUCCAAAACCCUCCCAUCGUCACCCACAAAAACGGAAUCCAGUCAAACUUCUGCUUUGUCUCCCCCGCGACCGGAUGGAUGUGGCACACCAAGCCCUGCAAGAAAACGCCGCACCAAGGAGGAGAUAGAGGCGGACAGACAGGCUGCCAGGGAGAGGAAGGAGGCGAGAGACAGGCAGAGAGCAGCCAGAGCCCGGGAGAAAGAGGACAGGAGACAGGAGCAGCAGAGGAGGAGAGAGGCAGCGGAGAACCUCAAGAGUCUCCGGCCAGAGAACUGCCUCAGGUGUCUGACUGUCUGCAUAGAUCCAGCUCUUCUGCAACAGGAUGGCUCAGACAUCUUGCUGGACACCCUGACUACAUUUGAGUGGAGGUUUAGCAUUGAGAGCCAGCAGCUCCCACACAGCAUCACCUGGACCAGAGACUUAAUUCAGCAGGGAGUUGACUCGGUGGAGGAGGAGCAAGUGGUUUUGGUGCUGGGUCUGACGGACUUCAUGGACAUGGUGAUCUCUGGGAAGAAAAUGCUAGACAGUGAAGGAGAGGAGACAAGGAUGGGGUCUUUCCUCAGUCCAAUUUUGGAGUGUCUCAACCGGGAAGCCAAGAAGGUCACUCUCUUAGUGUCAGACUCUCAGACAGAUAACAGGACCGAUGCUUAUGGUGUGCAUUUACUAGAUGAGACGCUGCAAUCCAAAUUGGGGAUGGAGAACUUGGAUGUGGAGGAGCUCUGCAAGAAUAUCUCACUGGUCUUCCUGGAGGGCUGGCAGGAGGUCACUAACCACGUGUGUGCCGUCACCAAGGCCUUAUCAAAACGCCCUUUUAAACUGCUGACAGAGCAGGCAGAGCUGCCCUUCUGUGUGGACGGUUCAUGGGCCAGCGGAGUUCGCGUGGAGAGGGACGGCUUGGGGCUGAUCCAGGUCUGGAGCAGGCAGAUUCAGCAGCUGAACAGAGUCAGCCCUGCUGUGGCCUCCACUGUGACUGCUGCCUACCCGUCUCCUCAGCUGCUGCUGCAGGCGUACCAGAGUUUAGGGUCAGAGGAAGACAGAAAGGGUCUGCUGGCUGCUCUCUUGGUGAAAAGUGGAGGUAAAGAGAGACGUAUAGGACCGGAGAUAUCAGCCAGAGUUUACCGCUGCUUCACAGCCCAGAACGCCCAGCUGGUCCUGGACUGACCUGUCCACUUGAGGACCAGAUGGACGGACGUCAGCGAGGAUUAUCUGGUCUCUAAUGACACUUUGUCACCACUUGGUUUCUAAUGUGUUAAUGAUGAUGUUUACAACCUAAAACUAUGCCUUAGGUAUCAUGUUUACCUUCCAGUAAAGCACUAUUUAUAACCAUCUGAACUUCAACAGAUUCGAGGAAUAGAAUAUAUUUAGUAAAAUAAGGAAUUAUUUGAUGUGUAUUAUUUUAUUCUGUUUAUGUGUAAAUGCAAGCUGUAUUGUCGAAGGGACCUCCGUGAACUCUGUGAUAUUGUUUUUGUUUAUGCGUGAAAUGGUUUAUAAAAAUGAGCUGCAGCAGAA